AUGAGCAAUGACUUGCCUAUAGAGGUGGAGGUGCCAAACUUGGAGGAUGCAAUAAUGAUGCAAGCUAAUUCCCAACAUCAGCCUUCAAAUCCCAGCAUGACAAGUGAGAGUGCUACUAAUCCUCCUACUCAAUCUAAUCAAAAAAUGAGGAAGAGAAUGAGACCAAGAUCUGAAGUGUGGGAUCACUUCACUAAAUUUGUGACGAAGUCUGGUGAAAUUAAGGAAACAAAAGAGACACAAUUAAAUUAUCAACCAGCUUCAAAAAAUAUAGAGGGCUCAGAGGCAACUCUUACAAGUUGGAAAUUUGACCAAGAGGCAAUUCGAAAGGCAUUAUCUUACAUGCUUACUGUUGAUGAAUUGCCUUUUAAAUUUGUAGAGAAUAUGAGAUUCAAACAUCUUAUGAAAGUUGUAUGCCCUCGUUUUCGAAUUCCAUCAAGCUGGAUAAUUUCUAGGGAUUGUUAUGACCUUUACAUGAAAGAGAGGUUAAAGUUGAAAAAGUUUUUGAAAACCUCAUCUCAAAGGGUUAGUUUCACAACUGAUACAUGGACUUCUUUGCAAAAGGUCAAUUAUAUGUGUUUGACUGCACACUUUAUAAGUAAUGAUUGGACUUUGAACAAAAAGAUCCUUAACUUUUGUCCAAUUUAUAGUCAUAAAAGUGAAGUGAUAGGUAUGGCCAUUGAGAGGUGUUUGCUUGACUGGGGAGUUGAUAAUGUGUUUACAAUGACUGUAGAUAAUGCAAGUUCAAAUGACGUUGCAAUUGCCUACAUAAAAAGAAAAGUUUCAAAUUGGAGAAAAGACAUUCUAGGGGGCAAAUUCUUGCACAUGAGAUGCAUUGCACAUAUAAUUAACCUAGUUGUGCAAGAUGGUUUGAAAGAAAUGGGGGAUUCAGUUGCUCAUGUUAGAGACACAGUCAGAUAUGUUAGACAUUCACCUGCUGGGUUGAAAAAUUUCAAGCGUUGUGCAGAAGUAGAAAAAGUAGAAUGCAAAAAGAUGUUAUGCCUAGAUGUUAGCACUCGAUGGAAUUCUACUUAUUUGAUGCUAGACACAACUCAAAGAUAUGAAAUGGCUUUUGAUAGGUUUAGGGAUAAAGAUCCUUCAUUUAGAAUUGAGCUUGAGACUAGGGAUGACAUACCAAGUAGUUUUGAUUGGGAAAAAGUCAGAAAAUUUGUGAUGUUUUUGGAGCACUUCUAUGAACUCACUAUACGAGUUUCAGGUUCUUUAUAUGUUACAAGUAAUACAUUUUUUGAUGAAAUUAGUGGGAUUGAUUGUCUUCUAAAAGAGUGGGAAAAUAGUGAUGACCUGGAAUGUAAGUUGGGAUUUGUGCAAUAUGAUCUUUCUACUAUGUAUGAAGGUGACAGAGGUUUAUUGGUGGGGAAAAAGGUUCAAGAUACAACAUUUGAAUUGUUUGUUGAGUAUAAAAAGUUGUCACAAUCUAAAAAUGAAGAAUCAAACAAAAGUGAAACUUCAAGCUCCACUUGCUCCACUGGUCAAGGUGAAGCAGCAGAACGAAAGUUCAAAGUUUUGUAUCAAAAGUACAAGACUCAAAUUGGAGGUGGAGAUAAUAAAUUAGAAUUGGAUAGGUAUUUAGGGGAGGAUUGUGAAAAGGACGUGAAGGGCUUUGAUAUUUUGGAGUGGUGGAAGUUAAAUAGUCAAAGGUUUCUCGUCCUUUCACAGAUGGUUCGUGAUGUUUUAGCAGUACCCAUCUUUACAGUUGCUUCAGAGAUAGACCUAGGGAGCAGUGGUACGAAUGUUGGAGGUGACGGAGCAGGACCUUCCAGUAUGGGGGGUAGAAAUUCCGAUGCGGUAUUGCGUAGCGUCACCCAACAGGUGAUGGAUAAGAUGGCCAGAAGCUCGGGAGAGCAUAUCUGCACGAUCGAGCAGUUUACGCGAAUGAGACCUUCGUCAUUUUCUGGAGGAGCGGACCCUUUAGCAGCUGAGAACUGGGUUAUUGGAUUUCAGACUCAGACAUUUGCGGAGGUUGUGGACAGAGCUGCGAUUAUUGAGAGUCACAUGCAGAGAGGUGCCACCCACUCAUUUGUGUCAUCAGGAUAUGUUAGAUUGUCUGAAUUUGAGACACAGUUUCUAGAUAUUGAGUUGUUUGUAACUACACCGUCUGGAUCAGUGGUGAGAUGUAGGAAGGAACAGAAAGCUGGCGCCCUGUCUGGACAGGAGGACCUUCACGGCGGCAGAAGUGAUGCGUGGAAUACUGGUGGUUGGCCGGAGAUGAGGGUCUGGCAGGAAGAAGAAGAAGAAGCAGAAGCAGCCAGAGAAUCAAAGCGGUGGCCGGCGUUCGGCUGGGUUGCUGGUCUGUUGCUGUGA